GGUAUUUCGUGGUUGACGGAUGAUUUUAUCAACAUGAAGACCUGCUAAGUCGCAUCAGCGCUUUCACGGGCCGACCAAACCAGAAAAUGCUCAACUUUGGAAAUGAGAUGCUCUCAUCUUCAACCACCGUCAACAUCCUCGUCCUCAACCAUCGUCAUCGACCCCAGACCCGACCGGCAAUCCGGACUGGUGCCAGGGGGUGGAUGCAUUUAGGAAUCAACAAAUCGUGCGGCGCAAGGGGUCGCAUCCACCAUCACCACCAUCACCUCCUCCGCCUCCAUCUGCAACCCCAAUUGGACUGGUUCUGCCAUCGGCCAAGCGCCAGAGGAACGGCCAACACACGCCUCGCGGGUGGUCAUCACCUCCCUCGAAUGUGCUUCCCAUCCAUGACAAUCAAAAACAUAUUCUUUGUCUCGCCCGUGUCUCGAACCGUUUAUCCAGAUCACCCCUUCAUCCAUGAUUUGCCUAUUGUUCGUCAAAGACGUACCGUGCCCAUGCACCCGGACCUGGGGAAUAACGGAGCAGCAAGCGCUCCUAGCGAUGUGACUAUGGAUGAAUAGGUAGGAGCGCAGAUGGUUAGUCGUGCUAGACCUCAGGGGUCAUGAUGGGCUGGUCGUCUCCUCUCGCUAACUCGCUCUUGGAUUGGAUUGGCUUGGGCUCCAGGCUGCUUGG